UCCCGGAAGGACCAAGCCCAUACCGACGUCGUCGUUACAUGUUCAUGAGGAAUUUCUUGUUUUAGAAUUACACUUAACAUUGUAAGUAGCUGAAUAUAUGAUAUAAACGAAUGUUGUGUUACAUUUUAAUAACUAAGACUUUUAUUGUGAAGGGUAGUUUGACCGUGGUGGGCGUUUCGUCACUGUGUCCAGCUUCACGACGCCGUGGGAUCAAUACAUGUAACUUGUUAGCAAUCAAACCGCUAGCUAACAUGAAAGCAGUUAUUAUUUAAUGUUAGCUGGGGCUAUCAAUGAUGCUAACCAACCGUCGCUGUGUCUCGGUAUGAGUUUAGCUAGCUCAUGACAGUCUGGUGAGAUUGCAUCACUGACUGGGUGAUGUCCGCCCAGCCUCUGCAGCAGUCUUGGGAGGAUUCAGCCAUAGACAGCAGCCUGCUAACAGAGCCAGCCCCGGCGGCUAUUUGAUGCUGAUGACUGGCUGUUUCCUGACAUUGAUUUGUAGUGGGAGGCACCAUGGCCGGUAAGGUGAAGUGGGUGACAGAUAUUGAGAAAUCCGUGCUCAUCAACAAUUUUGAAAAGAGGGAAUGGGUUCAAGUUACAGAAAACGACGACUGGAAUUUCUACUGGAUGAGCGUCCAGACCAUCCGAAAUGUGUUCAGCGUGGACACUGGCUACCGCCUGUCAGAUGAGCAGAUGGUUAACCACUUCCCCAACCACUACGAGCUGACCAGGAAGGACCUUAUGAUCAAGAACAUCAAACGCUACCGCAAGGAGCUGGAGAAGGAAAGCAGUCCACUAGCAGAGAAGGACGAGAACGGGAAAUACCUUUAUUUAGAUUUUGUUCCUGUGACAUUCAUGCUCCCCGCCGAUUAUAAUCUCUUUGUGGAGGAGUACCGCAAGAACCCGUCCAGCACUUGGAUCAUGAAGCCCUGCGGGAAGGCUCAGGGCAAAGGCAUUUUCCUCAUCAAUAAACUGUCCCAGAUCAAAAAGUGGUCCAGAGACAGCCGCACCUCCACGUUUGUAGCAGCAUCUAGUGGCAAGGAGGCCUAUGUCAUCUCCCUGUACAUUGACAAUCCUCUGCUGAUAGGAGGGAAGAAGUUUGACCUGCGUCUCUACGUUCUGGUGACCACUUAUCGGCCUCUGAAAUGCUAUAUGUACAAGCUCGGCUUCUGUAGGUUCUGCACAGUCAAGUACACACCCAGCACCAGUGAACUGGAAAACAUGUUUGUUCACCUCACUAAUGUGGCCAUCCAAAAACAUGGGGAUGACUACAACCACGUCCAUGGAGGCAAGUGGACGGUCAGUAACCUCCGUUUGUACCUAGAGAGCACCAGAGGGAAGGAGGUGACCAGCCGACUGUUUGACCAGAUCCACUGGAUCGUGGUGCAGUCACUGAAGGCCGUGGCUCCUGUGAUGAACAAUGACAAGCACUGUUUUGAGUGUUACGGGUAUGACAUCAUUAUUGAUGACAAGCUCAAGCCGUGGCUUAUUGAGGUCAAUGCCUCUCCCUCGCUUACCUCCAGCACAGCCAACGACCGCAUCCUGAAGUACAACCUCAUCAACGACACCCUCAAUAUUGUAACGCCCAAUGGGGACCUCCCAGACUGCCGCUGGAAUCGCAGCCCGCCCCGUGAAGCCUUGGGCAACUAUCAAGUCCUGUACGACGAGGAGCAGACGCAGAGCGAGAAUGCCGAGCGAGACCUGCGGAGCCGCUCGAGUCAGUCCAUGGGGUCGAGGGGCACCAAGGGGAGUGCAGGAGUUCGCCCCGCUGCCGCCACCUGGAAGUGAGGUGAUGUUGCUGACUCUCAAUGGCUUCUUGUACAAUAUUACAGGAUCCAACGGGGGAUAGAAAAAAGAACCAGCCUUUUUUUUUUUUUAUCCCAGCUAUUUGCCGGAGGACUGGUCCCUGUGUCCACAUGUCACUGACUGAGUUCACAGGGGCGACGACCCUAGUGAUGAAGGGGAGGAAAAUCAACAUUGUGGUCAUAUUUGGAGAGUAUAAAGGUUGCCAGUUGUCGCUGUUUGUGUGAAGGCGUAACUACAAAUGUGGACAUUAUGUUGGUGCGAUCGAUGUCUCAACAGCAGCAACAACAGCAGCUCAAACUCCCUAUGAAGAUAAGGAAAACCUUAAAAAAGUAAUGACAGAAAGAAAAAGGUGAACGAAACUCGGAGAGGAAAUUUCAGAAGAAGAGCGCUCGCCUUGGAUGGCUAGGGGUGAUAAAAUGGCAACUACACAAGCUGUAUGUUGUAUAGAAAUGGGAUUAAAAUCCAACGUGAGCAACGAGGAUUACAACAAUCUGAUCUAUGCAUGAUUACUGAGUCCUGACACUUUAACUUCACCCACCACACAGGUGCUAAAAAGAAGGAGCUCUGGGAGAUGAAGUGCUUCGGUAAAAAGAAAGAAAGAGGAACAAGAGAUCUAACUAAUACAAAGGGUAUACAGAUCUAAUAUAAUAUACUUAAAGGCAGAAUUAAUAUGUAUAGAUCCCAAAAUAGAAUUUAAUAAUGUUUUUUACAUGUUUAGUAUCAGUAUAUAUAUAGGGGGCUUUUCAUUAAGAUUGAUUGUAUUGAUUGUAUCUUACUUUGUUUUUGCUUGAAUAUUAAAUAGACAUGCAUUUUGAGUUGGACUACUGAUGUCAUACAGUAGCUGUUGCACAUCUAAAAUGUUAAAUACUGAUAUGUGUUGGGAAUGAACAGUAUGCAUUCUUAACUGUCAACUGUUUACUUCCUGCUACUACUGAAAUAUUCAAACACCUAUGAUGAGUACAUAUCUACCUGUUUGAUACACUAAAGUGUAUCAAAAAAUGGUAUUUUAGUUGUCUGCAGUAUUACGUUAAACUAAAUUUCACCAGAGACAUGCAGCUUGAGCUUUUGGAGACAUUUGAAAAGAAUGUAUCACUUAACGAAUGAUAACGGUGAUUUAAAAGAAAAUAGGGCGAUCGGAAUGCUCACCCAUCAAUUGAGGAUAAGGUCAAUGAUCAAGAUUAUCAUAAUAAUUACUUUGAAAGGGGGGGAGGGCUUCUUCUGUGAAUGGAUGAAAGAAAGGUGGUGAAAGGGUUCCAGAGAAAACAUUUCUGCAACCAGAUUGUGAUUAAAUCAAGCUCUUGAUGCUCAAACAUUUAGCCCUUCUCUGAUAAAGAAAUCAAGUUGGUGCUAUGUGAAAUUAAAUAGUUGAUUCUUGAUGUAUAAUAAAGAACAGGCAGAACAUUUUUCAUUGAUUAUGCAAUGUAAUUAAUUUUUUUUUCUUUCUUUUCUCUUGUCACUUCUUUGUGGUAAGGGGCCCUAUAGCCUUUGAUGAAUGUAAUCUGUCUGGAGUUUAGAUUAAUCAGAAGCUAAUCCCUCA